GAUGGCAGAAGGCAAACCACGUCUAACAUAUUUCGCAGGUCGGGGGUUAGCUGAACCCAUUCGACUGGCUCUCUCAGCAGCGGGAAUCCAGUAUGAAGACGUUUACCUCGAAUCGAGAGAUCAGUUUUUGCAGUUAAAACAAGAUGGAAAGUUGAUGUUCAAGCAGGUUCCGCUGCUUGAGGUAGAUGGCCAGUGCUUGAUCGGUGGUGAGGCCAUUCUCAGAUAUGCAUGUCGGGAGGGAAACUUUGAGGGAAAAACAAACGAAGACAAAACCAGAGUAGACAUGCUGUCGAUGGGGGCGAAAGACAUGGUAUUCCCAAACCUGAUGUCACCUACGUUUAUCGAGUUAAUGACAUCAAAGGAAGCCGCUGAUGAAGCACGUGAGAAGGGUGUCAAGGAGUCCAGAGAACGGUAUCUACCAGUCUUUGAAAAGCUUUUAGAUGAGAGUACAUCUGGUUUUCUAGUUGGGGAUUCGAUGACCAUGGCUGAUAUCACGUUUUUUGAUGCUCUUUGCUAUCUUCAUGAAGAUCCAAAACUUAAACCAGAACUUGAGAACUUUCCUCGAUGCUCGGCCUUUAUUGACCAUUUCUCCCAGCAGCCUGGCAUCAAGGAAUACCUGGCCAGCCCUCGUCGAAAUCCACUGCCAUACCCAGAAUAUGCCCAACAUUGCUGUGAAGUACUCAACCUGACAGGAAAUUAAAAGUCCAAUGUUUGAAGUACACCGAAGUUGAUUGACCCUUAAAAGAUAUAAAAAUUCUUGAUAGAUGAGAGAUAAACAAUGUCAUAAGAUUUGCAUGCAAUUACAUGUACAUGUAUAUUGUUCUAGCAUGUAUGAUACUGAUGAUUAUCUAUAUAAUGAACAAGUGUAUUAGUGAGGCGGCAUCAUUAUCAUUAUUGUCUUCUCCCUGAUCUUCCGGGUUUUGAUCCCCGGCCGCGAUGCCCGUGA